AUGGCCUCCCAUCACUCCAAUUCACCUGCUGCACACAAAGAAGAGCAUGCCGCCCACAAAAGUGAAGAUACGGAUAGUGUCCUCAGCACCCGCCGGGCGUCUGCAGUGCGGGAGUACAUCCGUAGUCUUCCGUCUGUCUUUGAGGGUGACGCGAGUCCACCAUUCGUAGACGAGAUGGUCCGCUUGGAAAGAGAACUAGCACACCUCGAUAAGGAUGAACUCAAACGUACCGUGAUGUACAGAACACAACGCUGCAAUGAUGCACUACAGGAAUUGCUUGAACAAGAACGAUUGCUUUCUGACGCACUGGGGGAGGUACGUCAUUUGGAGUUGAAGCUUCGGGAGAAGGAAGAAGAUAUGGAGAUGUUGCGUGUACAGUUACAAACCUCUGAUGAUCAUAUUGAGUCACUUCUUCGUGAAAAGGCUGACGCCCUACGCAAGUUAACAGAUGCAAAGAGUGAAUUGGCACAAAUUAGUAGAAAGGCAGCGAACCUACAGCGUGAUCUGGACGCAAAAAUAAAACGUGAGAAGGAACUCAAUGACUCAAUUGUCAGUACACCUCGAACCACGCCAGCAGAUGCUAAAUGUGCGUCUAUGCACAGUUUACCCACCACCUCUGCAGAUCAAAUUAUGGAUGCUUGCCGAACCUCGGCCGAGCACGAUGCAAGAUUACACAGAGAACCCUCUCAAGAUGGGCCAGUUAGAGUGGGGGUUUCAGAUCGCUUUCCUCUCUCCGCAAGGAGAACACCAACCUCAACAACAGCUGCCGCAAUGGCAAUAACAGGAAGAGGAGGAGGAACAGCAGUAUCAGGGACGACAGCCGGUACGAGCUCUGGAAUAGAUUUAGAGGCACGGAGGCGUUCCGUUCAUGAUGCGAGUGUGCGUGAGUCCGAUGCUCAGGGAACGCCAUUGGGGCAAAAGGGAGGUGUGUGUCCUCACUGUUCCGAGAAGAUGAGUCCUUCCAGCAAUAACGUUGAGCGCGUGGAGUGGCGUAAGCUUUUCUUUGAGAGUCAACGGCAGAAUAAGUUUUUAGAGAAGGAGCUUGCCAAGGCGCGGGCGAGCAACGCGGGUGAGAUCAGCAUCGAGGCUCUCCUGCAGUCUUCAAAGGCCCAUCCCCGCACUCCGGCGUACGACCUGCAGACACGACUGCGGCGCAGCAUGGCGGAGUUGGAGCGUGUGGAGCGGGAACUCGGCGUCGAGCGGGAGCGCGGCCGCAAGCAGAGUCAGCUGGAGGUGCAGUUGCUGAAGGAUGUUGGCCGCCUCGCACGCAAGCUGCGGGCUCACGAGAAUGCGAAGAGUGCACUGCGGAUACAGCAGCGCGCGGAUGCGAGUCUCACGCGUGAGGAACUGUUGGAGGAGUUGAGCCGUUGUCGUGUUGCGGUGAGUGCGUUAACGGGAACCCCCAUCGCUGGUGGUGUGAACAGCAAUAUGAGCAAUGGCAACAGCACCAGCAAUAGUAAUAUUGUCGCUGAGGCGGACAUCACGGCGGAACUCGCCGCCGCACUGGAGGAGGCCCUCGCGGUGAAUGAGACGCUGCGGGCGGAGAAUGACUGCGUGCUUGCCGAUAAGAAGAUGCGGGAGGCGGCCUACGAGGCGGAGCUGCGCAAUCGCAUUGCAGAGAUGGAUGAACUCACCGCCGCCCUGCAUGAACUGCGGGAUCAGAUGAAGUUGCUCAAACAGCAGCGUCCACUCUCCACCUCACACAUCUCACCAAGGGAAAAUGAUACGCUAGACCGCACCACAACUUCAGUCUCAACAACACGAGAAAUCGGAACAGGGAAAAACGGCGUUGCAAAUGCCCUUCAGCAAAGAGAGAUGCCGUUGCACAUAUUGUCUCCCAAUAGGAAUACUAAUAGUAAAGCACAUGGAGCAGAGAAGGGCAAUGAUGAUACUGCAGCACCGUAA